AGGCGUGUGCGGUUGCGCAUGCGCGGUGUGAAACACAUGGGCAGGAGGAGCUGUUGAGUUAGAGCAGUUGUUGUUGCAGAAACGCUGUUUUUAAUGUUCAGAUCGAGCGCAGAUUAAGAAUUCCGACCGUUUGAGUGAAAGAAGAAGGAGAAGUAGAAGAGGAAAUGUGUGGCAAAUCCUUUCUAAUUAUUCCCUCAGUGAGAAACUAGUUUAAUAGCUGCCAGUAACUGCUGUGGGAUAUUGUGGGAUAGUUAACCUAGCUGAGCUUGGCUUUGUGGAAGUUGCUGCAAAGAUGUCCUCAAGCCUUGCAGCCAAGUACGACUACCUGGAGAAGCUGACUCGAAAAGUGUGCCAUUCCCAGACCGAACAGACCAGACAGAGACCCUAUGUUCCAUUUCGUGCUCGUAGUGGUGGUGACGAAGAUGGUGACAGUGGGCCACCUAAGAAGAAACAAAAGAAGAAACAGAAGCAGAUCAAAGGAAAUAAUGUAAACACAAAUGAUAAAAAGCCAGCCCCAAAGACCAUCCAAAAAGCAGCACAGAAACAGCCCAUCACAGAACAGAAAGCUCCUCAGGCCAGAGUUCAGAAUGGGAAUCAAGCCCAGAAGAAGACACAUGGCACAAAAUCAGAAGGCGAGUUUAAUGCAGUGGAUAUUUUAAGGAAAAGACUUCAUCAGAAGAUUGAGGAGUCUCGUGGGCAGGGUCCACCCAAGGACCCUUCCUCAGAAGAGGUGCAGAAAAGACGAGCGAAACGGAAACAGGAGAGAGAGCGCAAAAAGCGGAAAAGGAAAGAGUUCCGUAUGAAAGCGUUGGCGCAGAGUUCUACCACUGAGAUAAAAGAGGAAAGCGAACCGGUGGAGAUAACCACACCUCAGUCUGAACCUGCUGAAUCCAAAUCUGACAAGAAGGACACAAGCACCUUGGUCUUCAACAAGGUGGAGGUUGAGGAUGAUUAUGUGGAUAAAGGGACCAAGAUGAGGGAGAAGAAGAAGAAAAGGAAAGUGAAAGGAACCCUCACUCCCCUCAUAGGGAAGAACUACAAACAGCUGUUAACCCGAGUAGAGGCCAGGAAGGCCCGUCUGGAGGAGCUGCGGGAGAAGGAUGAAGGGAAAGCAAAGAAGGAAGAAGAGAAGAUGAAGUGGACCAACGUUCUCUACAAGGCUGAGGGGAUGAAGAUCAAAGAUGAUGAACAGCUUCUACGGGCUUCGCUGAAGAGGAAAGAGAAGAUGAAGACCCAGAGGAAGAAAAAGUGGGUGGAGAGGAGCGAGAAUGUGCUGGAGAAGAUGCAGCAGAGACAGGACAAGAGACGCAGGAACAUUCAGAAACGCAAAGACAAUAAAAUGGAGAAGCGGCAACAGAGAGCCAGGAAGAAGGGCAGAGUGCUGCCUCAGGAUCUGAAAAAGGCUGCUCUGUAGAGAUUGAUAUAAUGGAGAAAUUGGACACGUAUGGACAGAGAUUGAAUAAAUUCAGGAGCGUACUUAGAAAAGGAUAAAACUAUAAAGAGCAUGAAUCAGAACGGUGAUGGUGACUUGAACAGAACAGUACAAAUGGUUCCAAACAGUUCAGGAAUCUUAACUUCUAAUGAUUGAUUUAUACUUCUGUCUUCUGCAAGUUAGCACAGAGUCUACUGUGUAGUUGUGAGCGUUUAUACAUGUGCAUAGGUCUGUCUGCAACACUCUACAAUGUUCAGCUGAGCAAUUACAAUUGCUGUAUUCUGCUGUUUCUUGGGAGGUGCAUGUCCAACUACAACAUAGGCUAUUUGUAGGAUAUACAAAAGGUGUGUAGUGUUGAAAAUAAAUUGGUCUAUACUUUUACUAAGGUGUGCUAUGUCUCUGUACAAUUAAAUGCAGUAAAGUAAAUAAUGGAAAA